CCUGUGUCUGGCAGAGCCAGUGUGAGAAGAGGAGACAGACCUUCCUCGCCACCGGGAUAAUCAGGAGUUUUGGCCGGACCUUUGAGUACACAUCGGGAGAGUGAGGAGCCCGGCGAAAAGCACAGACUAUGGCACUGAAACGGAUUAAUAAGGAACUUAGUGAUUUGGCCCGUGACCCUCAAGCACAAUGUUCUGCAGGUCCAGUUGGAGAUGACAUGUUUCAUUGGCAAGCCACAAUUAUGGGACCUAAUGACAGCCCAUAUCAAGGUGGUAUAUUCUUUUUGACAAUUCAUUUUCCUACAGACUACCCCUUCAAACCACCUAAGGUUGCAUUUACAACAAGAAUUUAUCAUCCAAAUAUUAACAGUAAUGGCAGCAUUUGUCUUGAUAUUCUAAGAUCACAGUGGUCUCCUGCUUUAACUAUUUCUAAAGUUCUUUUAUCCAUUUGUUCUCUGCUAUGUGAUCCAAACCCAGAUGACCCCCUAGUGCCAGAGAUUGCACGGAUCUAUAAAACAGACAGAGAUAAGUACAACAGAAUAUCUCGGGAAUGGACUCAGAAGUAUGCCAUGUGAUGCUACCUUAAAGUCAGAAUAACCUGCAUUAUAGCUGGAAUAAACUUUAAAUUACUGUUCCUUUUUUGAUUUUCUUAUCCGGCUGCUCCCCUAUCAGACCUCAUCUUUUUUAAUUUUAUUUUUGUUUACCUCCCUCCAUUCAUUCACAUGCUCAUCUGAGAAGACUUAAGUUCUUCCAGCUUUGGACAAUAACUGCUUUUAGAAACUGUAAAGUAGUUAACAAGAGAACAGUUGCCCAAGAUUCAGAAAUUUUUUUAAAACUGGAGCAUGUGUAUUAUGUGGCCAAUGUCUUCACUCUAACUUGGUUAUGAGACUAAACCAAUCCUCACUGCUCUAACUUGCUGAAGAAACCAUCUGAGGGGGAGGGAGAUGGAUGCUCAGCUGUCACAUCCAAGGAAGCAUUAUUCUAGCGCAUCCAUUCUUGUUUAAACCCUCCACUGUUAGAGAUUUGAGGUUACAUGAUAUACUUUAUGCUCAUAACUGAUGUGGCUGGAGAAUUGGUAUUGAAUUAUAGCAUCAGCAGAACAGAAAAUGUGAUGUAUUUUAUGCAUGUCAAUAAAGGAAUGACCUGUUCUUGUUCUACAGAGAAUGGAAAUUGGAAGUCAAACACCCUUUGUAUUCCAAAAUAGGGUCUCAAAGCAUUUUGUAAUUUUCAUUUAAAUUGUUAGGAGGCUUGGAGCUAUUAGUUAAUCUAUCUUCCAAUACUGUUUAAUAUAGCACUGAAUAAAUGAUGUGAGUUGUCAAUGGAUGAGUGAUCAACUAAUAGCUCUCCUAGUAAUUGAUUUAUUUUUCUUCAAUAAAGUUGCAUAAAC